AUGUUCCACGAGCAUAAUCUGAUGAGCAUGUUCCACGAGCAUGAUCUGAUGAGUCUGUUCCACGAGCAUGUUCAGAUGAGUCUCUUCCACGAGCAUGAUCUGAUGAGUCUGUUACACGAGCAUGAUCUGAUGAGUCUGUUCCACGAGCAUGAACUGAAGAGUCUGUUCCACGAGCAUGAUCUGAUGAGUCUGUUCCACGAGCAUGAUCUGAUGAGUCUGUUCCACGAGCAUGAUCUGAUGAGUCUGUUCCUCAAGCAUGAUCUGAUGAGGCUGUUCCACGAGCAUGAUCUGAUGAGUAUGUUCCACGAGCAUAAUCUGAUGAGCAUGUUCCACGAGCAUGAUCUGAUGAGUCUGUUCCACGAGCAUGUUCAGAUGAGUCUCUUCCACGAGCAUGAUCUGAUGAGUCUGUUACACGAGCAUGAUCUGAUGAGUCUGUUCCACGAGCAUGAACUGAAGAGUCUGUUCCACGAGCAUGAUCUGAUGAGUCUGUUCCACGAGCAUGAUCUGAUGAGUCUGUUCCACGAGCAUGAUCUGAUGAGUCUGUUCCGCGAGCACGAUCUGAUGAGUCUGUUCCACGAGCAUGAUCUGAUGAGUCUGUUCCACGAGCAUGAUCUGAUGAGUAUGUUCCACGAGCAUGAUCUGAAGAGUCUGUUCCACGAGCAUGAUCUGAUGAGUCUGUUCCACGAACAUGUUCUGAUGAGUCUGUUCCACGAGCAUGAUCUGAAGAGUCUGUUCCACGAGCAUGAUCUGAUGAGUCUGUUCCACGAGCAUGAUCUGAUGAGUCUGUUCCACGAGCAUGAUCUGAUGAGUCUCUUCCACGAGCAUCAUCUCCCUUUUACCAGGAUAUUCAUACAACUUGUGUGUAUAAGAGUUACGUGUAAAGUUUUAUAA